AUGUCAGCCAUAGAAACUGCCCGGUCUGAACCUUUACCGAGAAUAGCAGUGCAAACCAUCACUAUACGCAUUUAUAUCGACGAUGCCAAAAACCACAAAACCGUUCAAUUGACCAAUCUUCUGACAGCGGCCAUGGUCAUCCAGUAUCUCAAGAAGAAAGCUCUCAUUGACGCGAGCGAUGAGUGGACACUCUUUGAAAUUGCCAACAGCCACGGUGUCGAGCGACCUAUCAGGUCAUGGGAAAUAGUGCUCGACGUUAUUUCAGCAUGGGAAUCCGAUGCGGCCAAUGCAUUGUUGGCCAUUCUACACAAGCGUACAUCAGCUGCACAUGGAUGGGUUUACAUCGAGUACAAGAAGGGAAAAUGGCAGAAGCGGUUCUGUUUUAUCAAGGAUAACGCCAUCUAUCACGCCAAGGAUAACAAGGGUUCAUCAUCGGCAAUUUUGUGUUAUUUGGCAACAUUCGAUGUAUACACGCUGUUGCAACCUCUUCAUGCUGCGCCUGCACCUUUUGUAUUUGCAUUAAGAGCACAAGAAAAAUUCAGCAUGUUUGAAAGAGAACAUGACUAUUUACGUUUACUGGCAGUGGAUGAUCAGGAAGCGAUGAAAGAAUGGGUUCUCAGCAUCCGAGCUGCCAAAGUAAUUUUUUUUGUUUGUUUUUGGCUUGUAAAUAAGGAAUUUUCGACUUGA